AUGGAGAUUUACAAGAUGCUGUUUGAUACCCUCCUGGAUAUCCUCAAGAUGCUGGUGCUGAACUGUGUUCAGGAAGUGGAGCUGAACUGCUUCCAGGAGCUGCACGUGGACUGUGCCUAUUUCCUCAAAGGCUGCACACACGAGGUGCUCAGAUUCACCAGGAUGAACACCCAGUCCCCACCCCUACUGCAGAAGCUGGCAGUUCGGAGCUUGCUGAGGGACAAGACCUUGGCCAUGGAGGCCCUGGAAUAUUUGCCAGGGGCGCUCUUUCCAGUAGUGUUCAUGGAGGCCUUCACCAAGGGACAUGGAGAGGUCCUCAAGGCCAUGGUGCUGUCCUGGCCCUUUCCCUGCCUGCCCCUGGGAGCCCUGAUGAGUAUGAUGAAAACAGAGAUUUUGGAUGCUCAGGUGGAUGUUGGCCAGAUGCAAAAAAGAAUGCUACAAGCUGUGCUGGAUGGGCUUGAUGUACUGCUGAGCCAGAAGGUUCGCUCCAGGAGGUUGAGACUGCAAGUGCUAGAUAUGCGGGUCAAGCACCAGAAUUUCUGGAGAGUCUGGGGUGGAAAAGAGUUGGAAAUCUGCUCCAAAGAUGCCACGAAGAGGAGAAAAACAGAGGAGACUGGGUCAAGGGGAGCAAAAAAGCAGCCCCUCAAGGUCAUUUUACAACAGUGGCUCUAUCAAGGGUAUAUGAGCCCAGUGGACUCUUCUGUUCUCAAGUGGGUACAGGAGAGAGAUCUGGUGCAGCUGGACUGUGACAGGCUGGGUGUUACAGCCAAAUGCUUUAAAACUGUCAUGGAAGUUCUGGAAAUGCUGAACAUUGAUUCUGUGCAGGAGGUGUGUGUGAGUCAGUGCUCCACACUCUUUACCUUGGCUGAGUUUGCCCCUUUCCUGGGUCAGAUGCGAAAUCUUCACAAACUCGUUCUCUCUGAUGUCUCUCUGCCGGCCAUCCUUUCCCCAGAGAAGGAAGAACAGUUAUUUACCCAAAUCACCUCUCAGUUUAUUAAUCUUCACUGUCUGCAAGAGAUUUAUAUGGAAACUGUUCACUUCCUGGAAGGCCAGUUGGACCGGGUACUCAGGUGCCUCCUGUCCCCACUGGAGACCCUCUCAUUAACUCACUGCCAGCUCUCACACUCUGACUGGAUCCAGCUGCCCCAGGCUGAGCAGACGAGACAGCUGAAAGUCUUGCAAAUACGUUGUAUUCGGCUGACUGAUUUUAGCCCUGAGCCCCUCCAAAUUCUUCUCAAGAACGUUGCAGCUACCUUGACCACCCUGCACUUGGAAAAUUGUGGCAUCACAGAUGAACAGGUCUGUGACUUUCUGCCUUCACUGAGCUAUUGCUCCCAGCUCACUACCUUCUGCUUCAUGAGGAAUUUCAUGUCCAUAGACACCAUGAAGAUGCUUCUGGGCCACACUGCCAAGCUGAGCAACUUAACCCUGGAGAUGUACUCAGUUCCUCCAGAGGUUUAUGUUCCAUGGAAUGGUGCCCUUCAGCAGAUAUUGAAGCAGGUUCAUGAAGCACUGAGUAGAAUCAUGAAGCCACUAAACCAUCCCAGGAGAGUCUGGUUUUGUAUUGUUCACUUACAACUCUGUUUCACCUGGAAAUUCCAUAACAUGCACCCUACUCCAUGCUGGGGCUGCAUCCCCGUGUAG